AUGGAGAGGGAUGAGAGAAUGAUGGAGAAAGCGUUGAAUAGUGGUGUGGUGGUACGUUACAUUGUGAAACCAGCAACAGCAAGUGACUUCAAAGGCGGCGCCGAGAACAAUGGAUCAUCGUCGUUGUCUGGGGUUAUCAAGAAGAGCAAAGUUGUGUGGACAAGCGAUCUUCAAAGCCGUUUUUUACAAGCCAUAAACAUUAUUGGGUUAGAAGUAAAUGCAGUUCCAAAAAAGAUUCUUGAAGUCAUGCAAACACCAGGACUGACUAGGGAAAAUGUGGCAAGUCACUUGCAGAAAUAUCGGCUUUUUCUAAAGAGAGUGGCUCGGAUGUUUGCGAUGCUAAUGAACCAUGAGACAAACAAGAAGGAUGUAUUCACAAGUUUGGGAUCAAAGUACCCUAAUUCACUGAUGUUAAAGAACAUUAAAGAGGAAUUCAGAAGAAUGUUAAAAUUCAGAAAACUUAGAUCAACUUUUUCUUCUUCAUAUCCUUAUUCCUCAUCAGCCAACAAGAACCCUAAUUCUUCUCCCUUAUUCAAACCAACAUCCAUGUUUCAGUAUCAUCAUCAUUCUAGCUUCCCAAAGUCUCAUCAUCGUCAUUCUACUUUUUCAUAUUCCACCCCAAAAAUGAACGCUUAUGAAAUGUUACAGGAUCAAAUAAUGCCUGCAAGUACUUCAAGUAAUAUUCACACCAACAAUUUCACUGGCACUGGAUCAGGGUUUGCAUCAGCUUUUGAUAAACAAAGGGAUCAGAUGAUUCAGCCUAUUGGAUCAAAUAUUGGUGUUUCAAACACUUAUUAUGAUUCUUGUGGGUAUAAUAUUGAUAAUGAUAAUUCCUUCAUCAAUGGUUCAUCAAAUUUCGGUUAUUUGGUUGAUGGAAGGUUAAGUCCCUCUAGCUGUGAGCUUUUUAGGUCAAAUCAAAGUAUGGCAGAUAAAGCGGGAAGCAAUAAUGACAAUAUUCUGGAAAAUAUUUUGGAGCAAGAAAAUCUGUACGAGGUUUUGAAUAAUGAAGGAGAUCACAGUUAUCAAACUAUUGAAGUUGAAGGGAAUUACAAUAAUGACGCCUCACUUGUGCCACUAGCUCAGUAUUCAAACUGCAGUACUGGAUUUGAUUACUGUGGUGAUAUCAUCAUGGAAGAAUUAAAUGAUAAUGGGCAGUUCUCUAAUCAGUAUGUCUAA